UUACGCAUUUCCGGAGGCCGGUCAACGACGGCUUCCUGUGUUUAGGGUGCUGCCGUUUGUGUGAAGGUGUGGAUUCUCUGGGUUCGAGUGUUUGGAGGUGCCACCUUUUGACCCUUCGCCAUGGGAGUGACAUGUGUGUCCCAGAUGCCCGUGGCUGAGGGCAAAAGUGUCCAGCAGACAGUGGAGCUCCUCACCAAGAAAUUGGAGAUGCUUGGAGCGGAGAAACAAGGAACAUUUUGUGUGGACUGUGAGACUUACCACACAGCUGCCUCCACCCUGGGCAGCCAAGGCCAGGCUGGGAAGCUGAUGUACGUGAUGCAUAACUCUGAGUGCCCACUGAGCUGCUUUGCCCUCUUUGAGAAUGGCCCUUGCCUUAUUGCUGACACCAACUUCGAUGUGCUCAUGGUAAAGCUCAAGGGCUUUUUCCAGAGUGCCAAGGCCAGCAAGAUUGAGACCCGGGGUACUCGCUACCAGUAUUGUGACUUCCUGGUGAAGGUGGGCACGGUCACAAUGGGGCCCAGUGCCCGUGGCAUCUCUGUGGAGGUGGAGUAUGGCCCUUGUGUGGUGGCUAGUGAUUGCUGGAACCUCCUGCUUGAGUUCCUACAGAGUUUUUUAGGUAGCCACACACCAGGGGCACCCACAGUAUUUGGGAACAGACAUGAUGCAGUCUAUGGGCCAGCAGAUACUAUGAUACAGUACAUGGAACUCUUCAACAAGAUCCGCAAACAGCAGCAAGUGCCUGUGGCUGGGAUCCGUUAGCGUCUUGCAGCUGCCUGCCUGCUGAGCUGCCACCAGAGCACUGCCCAGGACCACGUGCUGGACUCGGGGUCCUGGGCUCCUGGCCUAGCUUGUGUUCCGGGGCUUUGGACUUCCCUCCUGACCCCAUCACAGCUGUUUUUGACUUCAUGCUUUAACUGGAUUUGGCUGGUCCUCAAGAAUGGUAAUUGUGAAGAGUGGAAAAGCUUGGACCUUUCCUGCUGUAGGGCCAAAGGCAGGUCAGGGUUGUCCCUGUCAGCGCUGGAGCUGUGUGUCCCCAGGUGCUGAGGACAGGGUGUAGUGUGGAUGGCCGUGUUGUAUGGGGCUUCCCUUUUGCUUGAGGAUGUGGCUGGCUUCUCCUGGAGAUGGUUGGGUGGCAGGACUGGAUUGUUGGCCACUAGAGUGUCGCUUUCAUUCUUUGGACACUGAUGUCUUCCCCUCCUGUUUUAAAUUAUGUAACCCUGUAAGCCAAGCUGCUGUAGCAGAACCAAAAACAGAGGGCUCUGACUGCACAGUUUACUUUUCAUUAAUAGUUCAGAGGCAUUCAGUUCCCCAGAGCAGGAGUUCAUUACCAGGAACUUGGCUUCUUAUGUUCCUUAUAUCAUACUGUCUGUCCCCAGAAUGCUUUCCUUACCACAGGAUCAAAGCAUGCUCAGUAGCUCUGUGCCCACAGUCCGCUGAGGAAGAGAGGGAUGGUUCCAGAGUCGCUCAGCUCACUGUGGACACGUGUUCCUGACACCUAACACUCAGUGUCCAGGUGCUUCCUAGGCUGUCCUCUUGUCUUGCUUGAGCCUUGAGGUCAUUGACAUCAUUGCUCACCUGCCUCCCACCUGCCACAGAAACAUGCAGCACAUGGACAGGCUGGGGACUCUAUUAACGUCCAAAGUGUAGGGUGGCAGGAAGGACCUGUCAGCACAGCGAGGCAGACUCGCCAGCACGUGUCUGUGCAGCAGCUCUGAGAUACGCAUCUUGGUCUCCUAGCUUUGCAGGAGGACAGCUCAUCACACCUCCCUGGCUGUGGCUCUGUUAUCCAGGCCUUCCCUGUUUCUUACUUUUGUUGUUACUGUUGUUACUCUUUUGCUGUUGCUCUGUAAAACUGAGGUGUUUUAGAUACCACAAUAAAAUUUACAAACAUUA